AUGAAACAGCUGGGCUCUCCCAAUAAGGACGAGAGCGACGCUGUGGACGCGCGGCAAGAGCUGGACUUGAAGAUCGGCGUCGCCUUCACCCGCUUCCAGACGCAGUACUUCCAGGGCAAGUACGGAGACCUGGACUCUUCUUUAAUAUCUUACGGGCCCUGCCAGACGCCGACGCUGCAGCUGUGCGUACACCGCAGCGACACCAUCCAGGCCUUUAGGCCGGAGGAGUAUUACCAGAUUCAGCCAAUUGUGCGAGUGGGGGAGCAGGAAUUAACACUAGAUUGGGCCAGAGGUCAAGUUUUUGACCGCGUGGUGGCCCAGAUGUUUCGCUCCAUAGUGCAGUCCGCCACCUUUGCCGUCGUCAGCACCACCAAACAAACUGAAGAAGUCCUUCCGAUGCCUCAGGCCCUCAACACUGUGGCGCUGCUUAAGGCCGCCAGCCAGCGCCUGGGACUGGGGCCCCAGCACGCGAUGCAGGUGGCGGAGCGUCUGUAUCUUGGGGGCUUCAUAACUUAUCCUCGCACAGAGACAUGCACUUACCCUCCCUCUUUCGACCUCAAGGGCACAGUGGCCAUGCAAGCAGCAAAUCCCUACUGGGGAACCGACGCCCAGCAGAUCCUGCAACGGGGCCUGGCGAAGCCGCGGGCGGGGACGGACGCGGGAGACCACCCGCCGAUAACUCCAGUGAGGAGCGCGACAGAAGGCGAAGUGGGGGGCGGCGACGCGUGGGCUGUUUACGAGCUGGUGUGUCGCAGCUUCUUGGCCUCAGUGGCUGGGAACUGCAAGUUCAAGAAGACCACCAUUUGCUUCCAAGUCCACGGCGAGGCCUUCACCGCCAGCGCCAAAGUUUGCCUCGACCCCGGCUUCACCACUGUCUUGAGACAAACGGAAAUCCGAGACACCAGGCUCCCUCCCCUCAACUCUGGUGACAAAGUCCCGCUCCAGAGCGUCUCCAUCGUGGAGCGGCUGACUUCCCCGCCCCCAUAUUUGUCCGAGUCGGAUUUGCUGGGGCUUCUAGAGCGUCACCGCAUCGGCACAGACGCCUCCAUGGCGACGCACAUUAACAACAUUUGCGAAAGAAACUAUGUUACGCUUGUUUCUGGCCGCCGCCUAGAGCCCACGAAGCUGGGCAUUUGCCUCGUCCACGGCCUCAUGGCAAUUGACGCGGAGUUGGUUCUUCCCUUCGUGCGCGCCUCCAUAGAGCAGCUGGUCGACGUCAUUGCCAAGGGAAAGGCCCCCAGGGAGGCGGUGGUGCAGCACUCGCUGAAGAUAUUUAAGGCCAAAUUUUGCUACUUUGUCAACAAAGUUGAGAGAAUGGACGCUUUAUUCGACGUCACCUUCACCGCUUUGUCGGCCACAGGCAACCCGCUGUCCCGCUGCGGGCGCUGCAACCGCUACAUGAACUUCAUCGCCCGGAGACCCUCGCGUCUGCACUGCCGCACUUGCGACCUCACUCUCGACGUCCCGCAGACAGGCACCAUCAAGCUUUACAAGGAGCUGAAGUGUCCGCUGGACGGCUACGAGCUGCUGCUUUCUGUCAACACGGGGGGCAAGGCUUUUCCCUUUUGUCCUCUCUGCUACAACGACCCACCCUUUGACACUGAGGGAGCGAAAGUCAUGACCUGCGUGGACUGCCAGCACCCUUCUUGUCGCCAUUCAAUAAAUGCUGUGGGAGUUAUGCGCUGUCCUCAAGAGCACUGCGACGGCCUGCUUUACCUCAACCCGGUGUCGCAGCCUCGCUGGCGCCUCGACUGCACGGUCUGCAGGUUUGAGCUCCUUUUAUUUGAAGGCGCAUUUAGUGAGCCGCAGCAGCAGCAGCAGCAGCAGCAGCAGCAGCAGUUGACAGUGGAAGUUGCAGUAACGGAUGAAGAAUGCGCCGAAUGCGGCAGCAUGCUGCUGGACGUCACCUUCUCAAAGUCCAACCCUCUCAAGGACGGCUCUACCGAGCGCAAAGGCUGUGUGGUGUGCGACCCUGUGCUGAACGAAUUCGUGUCGAGCAGGUUAGGCAACGUCGCAAGACGCAGAGGAGGCAAUUUCAGAGGGAGGGGCCGCAGGGGUCGCGGCAGAGGCCGCAAGCCUCCCGUAGACCCCAAGCUCAGCUUCGACCGCUUCUAA